AUGCCAUGCUCAACAUUUGCUUGAUGGCUAUGUUGUUGAUAGCAACCUUUCAGUUUAAAUUGGUCGCGCACCGAGUAAGUGACUGAUUGACUUGGUCUAAGAAGCAAUCUGGCGGAAUAUGUAUAGCACCUAACGUCGGCUAAGUGUAUGUGUGUGUGCGUGUGUGCCGUGCAGUGAAAUUUAAAAAUUAAACAAUAAGUUAUUUCUUUAUUUAUUUAAAUUUUGCUUGACACUAUUUUAAGCAAACCUAAAGAAUUUUUCGUAUUUUUAGCUACGGAAAUUCCCCGUGUGGCUUUGUGAAAAACGUAUGGACGAUAACUCUGAAAUUUUAGUUGUCCCCGCGAAAGCGAUUUGUGCAGGCGAUAAAAAUUAAAAAUGAAAAAAAUGAGUGUGAAGAGUGUGAAGCGUGAUGCUUCAACGUCAACGCUUGGACACGAUGAAGCCAGAAAACCACUGAUGGCAGCCUACAUGUUCCAGCGACGUGUACUGUUAGGCUGUAGCGUGCUAAUGGCAUUAUCUCUGAUUAUCUGGAUAAUUGCCAUUGCCACCGAUCGUUGGAUCAUCAUAACCGGUGGAGGAGGUAUUUUUAUUCCUGAAACUCGUCGCUUCUUUAUGGCUUCGCAUUCCGGUUUAUGGCGUCACUGUCGAGAAACGAAAACACCUAAUGCCUUACCGAAUUCGACUGUCAUACGAAAUUUCACAUCCUUCGCUUUUACGAAUGUUGGUUUGGUUAACAACGCUAAAAUGAAUAUGUCACAUAUGGAAUUUAUUGAUGAUUUUCGCUAUGAAAAUGUAACAUUUCCAUUAAAAAAUUUUACACAAGAAGCUAAGAAACGUAUGUUCGCACAUUGGAUAAGAAACGAUGAACCCGAAUUCCAAACUUUGAAAGCUGCUUUCCAAAGUCUAGAACUCUCAUCAGAAAAAUCACGCAAGGCGUUAAAUCCGAGCAGUGCUAAACCGAUAGCUAUAAAUCCUUUGGAUAUACAAAAUGCGAAAGAACGUAAAACAUUCGGAAAUGCUUUACAGGAAGUGGUUGUAAACUCAACAAAUUAUAAUUUUGUUAUACCGGAAUCUGGACAAGCAGCCAUUUUUGAAAACUGGAAUAAAAUAGAUCAAGUACUUAAUUUAUUAUGGGCAUAUUUCCGGGAUUUAGGUAUACCACCAUACGUGUUGAAUGAGAAUGGAGUUGUAUUACAAUUGGUACCACCAAUACCACCUAAGAAGCAACGAUUGGCUUAUGGUUAUGAUUAUGUGCCAAGUACUCGUUGUAAAUAUAUUGAUAUGUUUUCCAAUGCAAAAGCACUGCGCAAUGAACCUGCUUAUGAUGAUACACUACUAGAUUAUAUACGUACUCAAGCAUCUUUCGCCUGUAUUACGGUAUUCGUCAUGUCUUUGGGUUCAGUUUUUUCUUUCUACACUUUUAUGAAUCCACGCUACAUGUUUAAGAGACUUGCUGGUGGUAUACAUUUGGUUUCUGCAUCGACAGCUCUUGUAGUAAUACAAGUGCUGUUCGCUUCAAUAGAUUACACAAAAGAACAUUUGUUCUAUUCAUAUCCGGAUGGUGCAGAACUGACUUAUGGAUUUGGUGUCUACUUAGCUUGGUUUACAUUUGCUGUUAACAUCGUUUGUGGUAUUAUGUUCAUUUGGUAUUCUGGUAAGAAGAAGGGUAGUAAGGCACCAACUGAUGAAAUUGCUAUGGCAGAUGAGCCUACUAUUAUGGGCAGAUGAAGAUAUUUACAGAUCAGUAUGUUCCUAUAAUAAUUGUUGUUCCUUAACUGCCUUAGCAUUUUACCUUACUUAUGUAUACUAGUUUAGUUGCGAAAGAUAUAUCAACACAUAUACAAUUAUAUGUAUAUAGGCAAACUGAACUUAAAAAUACAAAAAAAAAUAUUAUAGUAUGGGUCCGUUUUUUGAACAGAUUCCAUAUCAAUUAUUUU